GGCCAACUCUGUCCUCCGAGCUGUAGCAGAUUAUGGCAUCUUUUUUCCCUCUAGCGCGAGAAAGUGAGCCCGGAAAAGGAAAGAGGGGGCGGGUCACCCCCAAAGAAUAAAUAAACACUAGCUACUCGCCGCAGCUGGACGCGGGUCGGUUCAGUCCAGGUUUGGUCGGAACUGAACCCCUAAAGCGGGUCCGCCUCCCGCCCUCGCGCCCGCCUGGGGCUGAGUCGCUGGCUGCGGUGGGCGGCAGAGCGACGGGGAGUUUCCUCUCACCCUGGAUGGAGCUGAACUUUGAGUGGCCAGAGGAGUGCGGUCGCCCGGGAAUCGCUGCACGCUGAGCUCUCCCUGCGAGACCCAGCGGCGGCUUUGGAUUUGGGGGGGCGGGGACCAGCUGCGCGUCGGCACCAUGUUUCUGGCCACUCUGUACUUCGCGCUGCCACUCCUGGAUUUGCUGCUGUCGGCCGAGGUGAGUGGUGGGGACCGCUUGGACUGCGUGAAAGCCAGUGAUCAGUGCCUGAAGGAACAGAGCUGCAGCACCAAGUACCGCACACUAAGGCAGUGCGUGGCGGGCAAGGAAACCAACUUCAGCCUGGCAUCUGGUCUGGAGGCCAAGGAUGAGUGCCGCAACGCCAUGGAGGCCCUGAAGCAAAAGUCUCUCUACAACUGCCGCUGCAAGCGGGGCAUGAAGAAAGAGAAGAAUUGUCUGCGCAUCUACUGGAGCAUGUAUCAGAGCCUGCAGGGAAAUGAUCUACUGGAAGAUUCCCCAUAUGAGCCAGUUAACAGCAGGUUGUCAGAUAUAUUCCGGGCAGUCCCGUUCAUGUCAGAUGUUUUCCAGCAAGUGGAGCACAUUUCCAAAGGGAACAACUGCCUGGAUGCGGCCAAGGCCUGCAACCUGGAUGAUACCUGCAAGAAGUACAGGUCUGCCUACAUCACCCCGUGCACCACCAGCAUGUCCAAUGAAGUCUGCAACCGCCGCAAGUGCCACAAGGCCCUCAGGCAGUUCUUUGACAAGGUCCCGGCCAAGCACAGCUACGGAAUGCUCUUCUGCUCCUGCAGGGACAUUGCCUGCACUGAGCGGCGGCGACAGACUAUCGUUCCUGUGUGCUCCUAUGAAGAAAGAGACAAGCCCAACUGCCUGAACCUGCAGGACUCCUGCAGGACAAACUACAUCUGCAGAUCUCGCCUUGCAGAUUUUUUUACCAACUGCCAGCCAGAGUCAAGGUCGGUCAGCAGCUGUCUGAAGGAGAACUAUGCAGACUGCCUCCUGGCCUACUCAGGACUGAUUGGCACGGUCAUGACCCCCAACUACAUAGACUCCAGCAGCCUCAGUGUGGCCCCGUGGUGUGACUGCAGCAACAGUGGCAACGAUCUGGAGGAGUGCUUGAAGUUUCUGAAUUUUUUUAAGGACAAUACGUGUCUCAAAAAUGCAAUUCAAGCCUUUGGCAAUGGCUCAGAUGUGACCAUGUGGCAGCCAGCCCUCCCAGUACAGACCACCACUGCCACCACUACCACUGCCUUCCGAGUCAAGAGCAAGCCUCUGGGGCCAGCAGGGUCUGAGAAUGAAAUCCCCACACACGUUUUGCCACCUUGUGCAAAUCUGCAGGCACAGAAGCUGAAAUCCAAUGUGUCAGGCAGUCCACAUCUCUGUCUUUCUGAUCAUGAUUACGAAAAGGAUGGUCUCGCUGGUGCCUCCAGCCACAUAACCACAAAAUCAAUGGCUGCCCCUCCCUGUUGCGGUCUGAGCUCACUGCCGGUGCUGGUGGUUACCACUCUGGCCACCCUAUUAUCUGUAUCCUUGGCAGAAACAUCAUAGCUGCAUUCAGAAAAUAUGGAAAGACAAGAGAGAGAAACAAACAACCACGUAACCUGUUUCCUGUCCUCUUGUAUAUCUGAAAAUCCAGUUUUAAAAGCUCGGUUGAGAAACAGUUUCAUCCAGCUGAAACUCCUUUGUUGUUUUUUAAGGAAGCUUCUUUUGACCCUGGGGGGCUUCUGUGGAAGAACCGAUACAGGGCUAAUUCCAAACUCAGAAGGCUCUGUGGCAUGGUGUGGGUUAAGGGGACCAUUUGUAAACUGACUGUAAAGCAAGCUGAGGCUAUGGUUUUGAUGGUGAUGGUUAUGGUGGUGGUGAUGGUGAUGAUGAUGACGGAUGAUGAUGAUGAUGAUUUUAACAGCUUAAAUUGUUCUCUUUACUGGCUAGAGCAGGAGAUGUUAUUGGUAAAGAUUAUUCCAUAUUUUGUUGAAUGGCUUUGAAUUCUAAUGACAUGUCUGCAGCCUAGUGUAGACAGCAAAUGAAGGUCAGCUCCAAGAGUGGACUUUUUGGACUCCAUCUUGUACUAAUGUUCACCUUUCUAUGUCCGUUCUUCACAGAGUGUUCGUGUACUACCGACAAGUCUGUGACCCUCAACAAAACCAAAAGCCCUGGUCACAUCUAAAUGUAGACCCUGUCAUUCAGUCCAGUAGAGGAGAGUGGCCCUCACACAGAGCCUGGCUUGUUGACUGACGCUCUGCUGAGCCUUGCCUGAGUGAGAAGCCCUUAAAUACAGCUGAAGUGCAACUCUUAAUGCUUUUUACACUUAGGAGGUCACAUGUAGAAAAGUGUUCCUUUACUAUUCAAUGAUUCCAGCUGUUGGCUUUCUACAUUUUGAAAGUAAUGAUACUGUCCUUAUUUUUUACUGAUGGUUUAAUACAGGCACAUGCGGUGUGUUUUCCUCUCAUAAUUAGUAGUAGCUCCAAUGUUGACUUCGCUGAUACGGCUCUCAAAAGCAGACCCUAAGGAGCUCCCAUGCUUUAGCAGAAAGCUGCAUCCCAUUACUGUGGACAGGCAGGAGAAAACUGAGCUGCCAGCCCAUGUCUUUCUCUGUCUUGAAAAACAAGGCUGCAUACAUGUGAGGAACAGGUCAAUUCUUGUAAGGGAUGCCACAGUUGGAUGGCGUGACUGGCACUUGACACAGCUCUGCUACCUUGGUUUUCAUGUUAUCUGACAAAGACAGCUUUGAUUGGGACUGGGCACAAGGGAUGAGACGGAGGUGUGCUGCCCUCUCUUUCAAAGUCAAUCCCUGCCAGUGUACACGGGAGUGUCUUUGCUCCUGACUGCAGAGUCAUGGCCACCAUUCAGAGCAGUUUCAUCUCAAGGUCAUCAAGCAUCUCUGGUAUAUGACUCUAUGGCUUUCAUCACGGACUGUGUCCCUGCAAAGAGGAAUGGUGGUUUAUGGAUCUUGAGGGCUAACAUGGAGUCUGGAAAGGUGAAUUGGUUGGCAAAGAUACACAGAACAGGAUAGGAUUCUCCCGAUGAGACAUCUGUCUUACAUAGCCACACACCUUCUCCUGGAGUCCUCUUCCUCGCCUAAGCAGCCCCUUAGGUGUGUAUCUAAAGUCUGCUUUAGACAGUCAGGUUCAGAACCUGCAGAUGAUUGCAUACUGUUUCCCCAAAAGUGAAUAAAGGAAAGAAAGUCUUCCCUCCAUGGAGCCCUGAAAGUUUGAUCUUGCUUCCCACCCUCAGAAAGGUGGAGGAGGGAGCCCCGAUGCACAUAAUCUACUGGUACCUGCCCCCUGCUCUCUGAGGUUUGCUUUGGAUGAAUAGCAGUUUACCUGAGAAAGGGAAGAAAUCCAUGAAAGCCAAGAGAUAGACCUGAUUUUCAGCUCUUUUGGUGUCUGAAGUACGUUUAUAUCCAAAUGCUAAUGAAUACCAAUGUAAAAUACUCAGUAGCAACAUUUUUUUCAUGUCAAAAUGUUUCAAGGGGAAUGCAUCCAACAUCUAAGUGUACCUGAUCAGUGGGAAGUUCCAUGAAGACUCAUACAUACAAUGAAUAAAUACCUUGAAUGUGUCAAAACAUUUAGAAUGCCAGUCAUGUGUGGGAACAUAUCUCUUACAGAACAUACUUUGUUUUAAUUAAGGUAUCUCCAUGUAUCUACACUGGACUAAUUGCAUAUGGGUCUGAUUGGAUGUGAUCCACCUUAGGAAACUAUCGAUCACCCCUGCAGUAUAUUGCAGUUCUAAUUAGCUUCAGAGGACCAUAGAGGAAACUGGAGCCCUGUGCUAACAAGGGCAGCCUUCAGCCAAGAACUCAUAGAUAUGCAACGUGGAAAUUAAACUUUGAAAAGCUCUGUCACCAACAAAAAUCUCAUUUUCUUUUGGAAAUAAAAGCAUAUUAGAGUUACCAGAUCCUUAAUUUGAAAACAAGUUGCUGAUAAGAUGAACAGUGGGCAGGGCCUCAUUUAGGGACUGCACAGUAGGGAGACAGUCAGAAAACCAGACCGAGUAAGUAUUCCUGUCAUUCAUGAUCUCAACUUGACGUGUGAGCUUGGCAAAGGGGUUUGUCUGGAGCCUGGAGCAGGAAACGUGGCAGUGUGCUCACCUGACUUCCUCCUGGAGCAGUGACAAGAGCAGCCAGCGACUUUCUGUCCCCCUGCUCUCCCUUUGGCAGACCCAGGUUUGGUCCACUAGAGUUGGAGUCCUUGCAGAAAGUCCCGCUUGGAAGUUAAUUUUGCCAUCAUAACGCACAGGUGUGUCACACACACUGACUCAAACUCUAGCCCUGCCCUACUUCAGAAAGAGACAGAAGGCAACAGAGCCACAUGGAACAGAAGCACAUUGUUCAGUUUGACCUUGGACGUCCUUGAACAGACCGUGUUUCAAGUCUUUAGGAGAGCACAGGAGGGGAGAUGCGCACAGCAGGGAGAGGAUUCGGCAUCAAAUGCUGCCUGUUUAUUUUUCCACAUCUGUUUUUUUUUUUUUUCAAAUCUCUGAUAGAAAAAAAGUAGAUAUUGAAAAUUGCAUAGGUUAUUUUUCAUCAAGUAAAGCAAAUUGUAUCUAGAUGUAAUUGGAGGGUGGUUUCCAUUUUGUUUUUAAGACAAUUUCAUAUCUUGUGGUUAAACAGAAAUGUCUUUGAAGUUAUAGCUUCCAGUUCAUCCCAGUACAGCACAGGGACUCUCCAGAGUCCUGGAGUCUAACGUUCGGUUGGUAAGGGGUUGUCUCUCUCUUGCCUGUGCCCUGUGCUCCACAGAUGUAGAUGGGUCAUUCCCAACUACACUAUAUUUCCCAUGAGCCUCCUUGUCUGUAAGUCAGACACUCCCAAACAACCCAUCUGCUGAGUCAGAGAAAUGAGAGAGGGUGGAAGUGUGUUUGAAUCAGUGUAUAGUUAGGAAAAGAGAUGUAAAAGCAGUGGGGAUUUAUAAAAUUAGCAAUUAUUUUCUUAGAUUCCAAGGUGAAUGUACUUCAGUUAUUACUUACAAAAUAAUAGACUCGGAGGAGCUACUGUUUGGAACGUGUUUUUAUUCACUUAGUCAGACAUGCACGACUUACCAAGUGCAUGAGAAGGGUAACUUCAGUUAGUUCACGGUCUGCCUUGGGAAUCCUGCUCUUGGUCUCCAGGAGUCACCACCCCUUGCUGUCUCUGCCGUUCUUGCUUGUGCUUUUUGCCUGAGCAAAUGAGACCAUGGGAGACCCGUCUUUGUAAGAAAGUGUAAGACAGUGGCAACAGAUGGAAGUGAAUGACCGUGGCCUGGGCACCAUGACACCAGGAGGCCGCCAUCUUCCCUGAGCUCACGGGGUUUGGAGAAAUGAAGCAAAAUCAAGGGCAACAGGAAGCCAUGGAGACGGUCGGUGGGCCGCUUACUUGGCUGAUGUCUGUUACUGAGGGGGGCUGUCUUCUGUUAAAAUAGCCAGGGUCCUGAAAUAGUGGGAGGUCCUUUGUAGAAGGGAAACUAGAAUUAAUGUCUGGGUGACUGAGGGAAGACCGUGCUUUCAGAAACCCUAAAGUGAAAAGCUAGGGGGUAUGACUGGGUAACCCUAGAAGUGACAGUUCUUUCUUAUCCUGAGCGUGGAAUUCCAUGUCUUUAUCUGACACAUCUUGACUUUGACAUGGCUUUUCUAAUUGAGCAAGUUUAAGUCUUUUCUAGGAUUCUUCAUGAAGAACUGUUACCUUGGAAUGGUAGUCCCACUCCAGAGGCCUUACUUCCCUGGGCUUGGCCACUGCCUCUGCCCUGGCACGUACCCUGUAGGAUGUCCAUUACCCAAGGGGAGAUGUCUUAAGCUGUGAUUGGUUUUGUUAUCUUCCCAUUGAUUGUUGAAGCCUCCACACUUCCCUUUUCCUUUAUGGCCUGAGUACAUCUUGCAUUCUUCACCCAAGUCACUCUAAAUUCAGUACUGCCAACAUCUAGCCACGACCCAUCAGAUGCUCAUUUUGUGGAAGGAGUUGUGUCUCUGGAGCCAGAUGGUGCAAUGCACUCUCCUACCCCUCUUGAGAGCCCUCUUCUUCACUUUGGGCACCCUGCCCCUUGUGUCCUCAUGGGGGUCCCUUUGCUCUUUGGGGGAGUGCUCUGAUAGCUCAUGCUUUUUCCCAGAGGCAGCUCAGAGCGGCUGUUCAUCAGGAUGCACCACCUGCAUUUCUGAUGAGUUCUGAGACCCAACCCAGAGAGGUGGGGAAGGCACACAAACCCAGUUCCAAUAAACUGCCUGCAGAGCGCUCUAGCCUGCUGAUAGUCAUCAAGGCCUCAGAACCCCCUAAGGUCUGUCUCCAAGCUCAUUUGACCAACGCAGCUGUGACUUGGGCUGUCUGCCCCUGGCAGGUGCCAGUAUCAACAUCUUGUGCCACUGCCAUGAGGAGGAGUUCAUUCUCAUUGGAGGGCAGCUGCUCAGCACCAGCACCAAUAGAAAGGAUUCUCUGGCUUUUCUCUCUUUAACACAGUCUGGAGGAACUUUCUUACCAGUCUCCACUUUGAUUUUAUAGAAGAUGCCGGGAAUCUGACCAGAGGAUGACAGUUUCAGUCUUAACACUGCUCUCGGCUCAUUGCCUUCCCGUGUAGGUCCAGCCUAUAGUAGAAAAUGCCGGUUGCCUGAAAAACACUGGGACACCAAAGGGCUUCAUUCUGCCCCAUGGCAACAAGAACUGUCCAGGCACAUAGCUCUGCUGGCCUUGAACAGCACUUUACAAUGGACUGGGGUUGCCCAGGGUCUAGGGAGGUGCUCAGCUAACCAUGUUCCCUGCCAGGAGCUGAGACAGGAACAGUCAUCCUUGGAGCAAUCGAGCAUGACCAGCUAAUCCCAACAGACCUACAUCUGCCGGACCAGUGAGCCUGCAGAGAUUUUAAUCUCCAUUAAGAACAGGGUGCAGGACUCCUCCAGCCAUCCCAGGGACGGCAGCCUUUCCAUUCCCCCUCCCAGGAAGCAAGUCCAACAUCUGUCAACUUAGCACACUUGGUAGGCAGGUUCUGUGACUGGCUGGACCACCCUUAGGAACAGCAGCUUCCCCAGAAAGAACUAGAGAGCCUUAGGCCCCUUGGCAGCCCCAGGGAAACACCUGUUUGCCUGCUGGUGGGUGUCAAACUGAUGGUGCAGUCUUUCUGUUUGACACCCUCUUUAUAGAAGUAGACUGUGGACCUUGGUCCCCAAGAGCUGUCUCAGCUUCUGUCUGGACACAACAAAGCCAGCUGCUGUGAGGGGGGAGGCAAACCCACUACCCUCAGUCUGAGCCAGACAGGCUACCGAAGAGAACCCAGGCCUCGGAUGGCCGUGAUUGGCAUACGGGUGCAUCAGUGGGGCUGUCACAGUGGCCUGGAGCCAGUGGAAAGUGCGAGAAUGAACACCUGAGCGGCUUUGACUGGGGAGAGCAAAAAGUAGGAUUCGUUUUAAAAUCAUUUUAGUUAGCAUACAAAAUAGUGGGUUUCACGGUUACGGUUUCAUACGCGUACGUCAUUGUGUUACGCUUUGUUCAUACUCUUUCUCUCCCUUGUGUCUCCCCAUCUCAUGCUCUUCAUCAGGGCCCAUUUAAGUAGCAAAACUUUGCAUAUGUACAAGGAACCCCGAUGCCCACCGCACACAACACAGAUCCCAAAGUUCAAGUCAACUGGGAUGAAGAAUUGGAAAAUCUGACGGAUGCGCUAGUACAGGAAACUCGGGUGGUUUUGUUUUCUUUUUGUUGAAUGGUAAAGAAUGGUCACCAGGUCAGUGUGAUUUCUGCAAACACAGGUGACAGUAGCCUGGGCCUUCUUACACACGGCUGUAAGAUACCAUCAGCUCAGCCCCCACCGCCACCUCCCUCUCCCACCUCCUCACCCAGGCACAGCUGUACGGUCCAGCAGCAUCUUCUAGGCGUGAAAAGUGUGCUUGAUCUGAGUUUGGGUUUUUACUGUUGAGCUGUAACUGAAGGCAUUUCUGGGGGAGGGGGAAGAGCAAGAAAGCAAACUGAAAAAGCAAUCAAGCACUUCUGCUGUGUUUUUCUGGAUUCAGAAAAAGCUGAUGUCCUCAGAGAGUUGAAAAAUGGCUUCAGAAACCCAAAAUCCAGAGCCUUGCAGCGUCCUAAUUAUCUGACUUUCCUCUCUUCUCCCUCACCCAGGGGACAAGGAAACGCUGCUCAUCACACAGCUCGCUUGAAAGAGUUCCUGUCUUGUGCACAUUAUCCCUUGAUAUUGAAAUUAUUUUCUCUGUUUAAUCCAGCUCCUGCUGAGAAGCUGUGUGGGAUUUAGGAUGCAGGAUUUUCUCUUGUGCUUCCCAAUGGUUGUUGCAUCUUUCACUCCUAACCGGAGGGUAUGUCUCCGCUGCCGCUGCUCUAGUUCAUGCAGGUUAGCUGUGAGUAGAGGAGACAGCUUCUGAUGAGAUAUUUUCAGAAUUCUGACCUGAACAAGGGUCCAGACACCUCCUCAGAGCCGGAUGAGGAGAAGAGCAGGCUUUGGUAGGAGGUCUCGGUUAGGAGAGGCCACCUUGUGUCCCCAGGGUUUUCCACACAUAGAGGAAGGGGCAUUUGCCUUGCUGAGCAGCGGAUCUCCUGAGGACAGCGGUGCGUCUCCCAGGUUGCCUACACAUCUUCGCGCAGCCGUUUGGACCAUGCUUCCUGCCAACAGGAGACCAUAGAAGGACAGUUUUCCAUUUGAACUUUGGCAGAGGUUCGGUGAUGUUUGAAGAUUCUGUCUGCCUCUUGCUCAAACCCUACAGAGUGUGUGUAGUCCCUUUGGCCCUCUCCACCCCCUGAAUAUCCCAAUAAACGUUCUUUUCUUUUAUAAAAAA